AUGACAAGACUUUUGACAAUUGAGCGAAAUGUUCAAAUAAUGCCUAAAUUAACAUGCUUUUUGACUCCAACAAAUAUAAUGGUUGCAGACUGUGCUAUAAAUGAUGGACAUUUGAAAGGAAUGUUUAAACAUUUGAAAUCAGAAUCAGGUUUACUGAAUCUAAAUGUUGAACUGAUUCCAGCUACAAUGCAGUAUUUACCUGAUGCUGCUUUGUUAAUGACUGCUGAUACCGAAUUUACGCAUGAAAAAGUUCCGUACUCAAUCAAGAAUGAUCCCAGACUUGCCAUCGCACUUGCAUUGAUUGAGUCAACCUUUGAAGGCUUUUGGACUAAAUAUGAACUGUAUUUACAAAAUCCAGACGAAGAAAUGAGAGUUAUUGAUGACAACUGCAAUUUCAAUGCAAAGUGGGUUAAAAUUUAA